GAUUUGAUGUUAAUGUUUUAGGAUUUGAUUCAAUGUCAUAUGGAUAUGGAUAUCCACCAUACCGUAAUUAUAGAAAAGUAAAUUGUGAUGAUGCAGAUUCUCUAAAAUAUGUUAAUUCUGAACAAUGG